AUGUUAGUUCACAAGCAAAAUGCAAACUUUCUAACAAUAUUCCUGGCGGUGAUUCAACGUAUUUUCCUCGAAUUUCGGUCGGAAUUGUUUUCUGUCAAGCUGCACUACACGAGUUGGGUUCUUGUUCAUACAAACAACAGGGUUGCUAGGGCAAACUCAUCCAUCUCCACAAACCUCUGGAGGAAACGGCUCAAGAAGACAGCAAUAGCACGGUGGAGUAGCUACUCUCGAAGUAAACAGAGCAAAAUAGCGGCAACAGAGAAUUACAACAAGAGAAAAUUACAAAUCAUCCUUUUUCAUUGGAAACAAAGAUGUUCAGAUUCGAAAGAUAACAGAGAUCAGAAAUUACGAGUCAAGAACAAGGUUACAAAGCAAAGACACUUGCAAACGAUACGUCAAUGGUGGGUCCUCGUAAAUCAUAGGAAUCAUGCGAAAAGGAUCGGGAAAGUCGUGGCGGUACGGCGGAGGAGGGAUCAAGGGUAUGCAGCGCUUGCUGCGUGGGCGGCGGGCACGAGGGAGCGGCGGCAGGGCGAGCGGGCAGCCGCGAGGGCGAGACAGAAGGGAGAGGCAGGCCUGCAGAGGAGGGCGCUAGAGGGCUGGUACGAGGCAGCAAGCGCAACAGAUGGGGACCGGCUAGUCCAGACAGGGAGGAGGCGACGGAGGCUGAGGACUCUGCGGGAGGGGCUGGGAAGAUGGGCGAGGGCGGCGGGAGACGGGCAGAGGACACGAGCGGUCUUGGCACGAGCCGGGAGGCAGCGGGGACGUCGGGAGGUAUGGGAGGUACUCAGAGGCUGGAGAGGCUUGGCGAGACACGGGAAGCAGGUAGGAAGGAUAGGAGGAGUCGUGGCGGUACGGCGGAGGAGGGAUCAAGGGUAUGCAGCGCUUGCGGCGUGGGCGGCAGGCACGAGGGAGCGGCGGCAGGGCGAGCGGGCAGCCGCGAGGGCGAGACAGAAGGGAGAGGCAGGCCUGCAGAGGAGGGCGCUAGAGGGCUGGUACGAGGCAGCAAGCGCAACAGAUGGGGACCGGCUAGUCCAGACAGGGAGGAGGCGACGGAGGCUGAGGACUCUGCGGGAGGGGCUGGGAAGAUGGGCGAGGGCGGCAGGAGACGGGCAGAGGACACGAGCGGUCUUGGCACGAGCCGGGAGGCAGCGGGGACGUCGGGAGGUAUGGGAGGUACUCAGAGGCUGGAGAGGCUUGGCGAGACACGGGAAGCAGGUAGGAAGGAUAGGAGGAGUCGUGGCGGUACGGCGGAGGAGGGAUCAAGGGUAUGCAGCGCUUGCGGCGUGGGCGGCGGGCACGAGGGAGCGGCGGCAGGGCGAGCGGGCAGCCGCGAGGGCGAGACAGAAGGGAGAGGCAGGCCUGCAGAGGAGGGCGCUAGAGGGCUGGUACGAGGCAGCAAGCGCAACAGAUGGGGACCGGCUAGUCCAGACAGGGAGGAGGCGACGGAGGCUGAGGACUCUGCGGGAGGGGCUGGGAAGAUGGGCGAGGGCGGCAGGAGACGGGCAGAGGACACGAGCGGUCUUGGCACGAGCCGGGAGGCAGCGGGGACGUCGGGAGGUAUGGGAGGUACUCAGAGGCUGGAGAGGCUUGGCGAGACACGGGAAGCAGGUAGGAAGGAUAGGAGGAGUCGUGGCGGUACGGCGGAGGAGGGAUCAAGGGUAUGCAGCGCUUGCGGCGUGGGCGGCGGGCACGAGGGAGCGGCGGCAGGGCGAGCGGGCAGCCGCGAGGGCGAGACAGAAGGGAGAGGCAGGCCUGCAGAGGAGGGCGCUAGAGGGCUGGUACGAGGCAGCAAGCGCAACAGAUGGGGACCGGCUAGUCCAGACAGGGAGGAGGCGACGGAGGCUGAGGACUCUGCGGGAGGGGCUGGGAAGAUGGGCGAGGGCGGCAGGAUACGGGCAGAGGACACGAGCGGUCUUGGCACGAGCCGGGAGGCAGCGGGGACGUCGGGAGGUAUGGGAGGUACUCAGAGGCUGGAGAGGCUUGGCGAGACACGGGAAGCAGGUAGGAAGGAUAGGAGGAGUCGUGGCGGUACGGCGGAGGAGGGAUCAAGGGUAUGCAGCGCUUGCGGCGUGGGCGGCAGGCACGAGGGAGCGGCGGCAGGGCGAGCGGGCAGCCGCUGGGGCAAUCAGGAUUUGCAAUCUUGGAUUUCAGCUGCUUAUUCGUGAUUUGGUGUUGUUUUCGUUUUCUGGCUUCAGGGAGAUGUGCUCUUUUGUCUCAUCUCCUAUGCUUCUUUGUCUUGUGUUUCUAUAUUUGUGGUCUGGAAGGGGGAGGUUGCGUCGCCAAGUUCAAUGCAUGAAAGCUCAUCACACGGUUCGCAACAUUAAGUUGGUUUUCAGGAGUUGGUGCACCUACUCGACCAGGAAUGCUGAUUCAAAGGCCGUGGUUUUCCAGAUCAGCCAACGGCAAAGGUUUUUGCUCUAUCGCAAGUGCUUUAUGUUCUGGCGCAGACAAUUGUACUUGAACGUUCGUGCUUUGUACGUUCUUGCUGAGGCGCUCAAAAUGAAUGACAAUGCAGCGGGGGCCAUGCAUGUUCUCAACCACAUCACGUGGUUCCAGGUGCAUGAAGGAUCAUGUCGUGAGUACAUCCGCCUUUGCAUGAAGGCGCGGGGGCAUAUAUCAGAGCAUCUGCAAGAGACCUGCUUGCUCCGAGACUCAGAGGCCUUAGACAGUGCUACGAGCCCCCUCAAGGCGGGGAUAGACAGCCCUGUUGUCUCUGCCCGUCUUCUGCAACUAGUUCUCGACGCUAAUCGCAACAGCGCAUCAAGAGGAGUUAGUCAACAAUCAAUGUCGACUAGUGUCAAGUUAAAUUUCAGCCUUGAAGAAGAGAUGGCCUAG